UCCGUUGAGCAAGUCGACUUCCCGUGCACUUAGUUGCCAGUUAACCCUCCCCGCGUUAGUCCUGUCAAUCCUCGUGUCUUCACCGAAAUCUAAAUCCAGCGCACUUUGAAGUUCAUAACCCCUUUUUCUCCUCCCUCGACCUCCUGGACACUGGCGACCAUGACUGCGGGCUUGAGCGCCUCCCUCCCAUUUGACGGACCCUCUUGGCACUUAAUUGAGAAAUGUAACUUCUUCAACGACUCACUUGAAAUCCACCGACUUUUCCAACAGACCCGACACGCCCCUUCCCAAUGGCCCACGGAGGAGAGUGCGACCCACAUAUGGCGGCUCAAAAAUUUCACGAAUGAAAAGUCCGUGACGCCAGGCCUGCGGGUUAACGGCUUCCUGCCCUGUAUGGAUUUGUCGUUAGCCCAAGGAGCUCCGCUAGCACAGGCCGGUGUGGUGGGUUCUCGACCCGGUCCUUCCGGUUCUGUGGGUUCGGUCGGUUCCUGGACCGGUAAGGCUCGGGGUAGCAAAUUAUCGCUCAAUGCUCCCGAGUUUGUACCGAAAGCCAGUAGUGGCUCGGCCCCGGUCUCACCCCGCCGGACUGAUUUUGAGACACUAGGCAAUAAAUUCACGCCCUUACCCUCGCGACCCGGCAUGCGUUGUCCACGAGGAGGUCGAAAGGCGUUUCGCGGGUCAGUCGCCCCACCCUCUGCUUUGUUGACGAAAGCGACAUCGGAUGGCUUCACCACGUCGUCAUCCUCGGAUGAAUCGUCGAGCUCGGCCCAACGAUCGCGCGAGAUCCUAUUGCCCGAUGAAGGUUGCGUGUAUUGCUCGCGAAGAGGCUACGAUUUGGACAUGAUUUCGUCGCAUUGUUUGCGCCACCCCAUUACUCAGGCCAUUAUCUGCCCGAAUCUCAAAGGACGCUUAUGCCCACGAUGCGGGGAUCAGGGUCGACAUUCUCAUACGGAGACAGAGUGUGUGAACCUGUGAUACGCCCUCCGAAAUGACGAGCAUUUGUCCCCCAGUUAUUGACUUUUACAGUAUUGUACGUAUUCCCUCGACCCGCGCGAUUUUAUCGAAAUAAACGAUGAACUUGGA